AAUUCACUACCUCGCCUUAAGACCAGGUAUGGCUGAUGGAUACGCGGACUGGAGAUAUGGCGUGUGCCGGGUGGUGAAUGGGCAGCUGACUUUAAUUAUGGAAGGGCAGAAAACAGACUUGUACCAGUGGUGUAUGGGAGACAUACUUUUACCAGGGCUGGAUGGGUAGGAAAAAUGUGUGCAGACUGGAUGGAAAUGGGACUGACAUGUACCAUGUGCUGAUAGGAAACAGACUUAAAUUACUGGUGGAUAGGAAACUGGCUUGUACCAGGGGUUGAUAGAAAAAAAGACUUGUACCCAUCCCAGGCCCUAACAAUUGCGGGGCCCUAUGCGAAAAGGAUUGCCCGGGGGCCCAGUCUGGGUAGGGAUAAGGAUAAUAAGUGAAAAUUUAGAUUUUGUAUUAGAAAGUGGGGCCUCUGAACCUGCGGGGCCCACAGCGGCCGCAUAGGUUGCAGUGGCCUCAGGCCGGCCCUGCUUGUACCACAGAUGAAUUAGAAAUUCACUGGUACCAGUGCUUUAAAGCCAUUAAACAAGCAUUAAAGACUAUGGCUGAGCCAGGUACUGACCCAGGAUACCCGGAAACGCAUCAUGUUAGCAUACCCGCAAUACACUCGGACCCGGAGAAGGGAAAGAACCGGGUCCGGUUGUUAACAAAGAGUUAGCUUCUUGUUUUCCACAAUGCAUUUCACCCAAUGGGGCCAAAUAUAAAAUCAGUGCACACUUUUUUCAAUAAUUUUUAUGUACAUUUACAUUAAAUAAAUAAUAGAAAACUGAACAGCGAUCAGUGUGAAACUCCAUGUAAGCGUAAUGAAACUGAAAUGCUUUCAAUGCUUCCAAUCGGGUGUAAUUUUUUUGUGUUAGUAAGAUGGAAAUCUUUGGUUAUGACCAUGGCGCUUUCAUUUUUGUAAAUUACAUUAUAUAUGUUAUAUAAAUUUAUGUUCUUUGUGUCCCACCCCACAAACAUUCUCGCCCCCCCCAACUCACUUACCUAAGGUGUGUGUGUGUACAUCAAAACGUUUAUGGGGGAUUGGCUUAUAGUGCAUCACUACAGAGUUCUCGGCCCACUGAGCCUCUAUUUCUACUUCCCUCCACCCUCCAUCAAACUUACGUCAUCAAAUCUUUUUAAUCUACUGUAAAGCUCUUCUCCCCCCCCCACUCCUCUCAUCCGUUUCUCAAUUUCAAGGUUUAAUUCUGGUUGUGAGCCCCCACCCCCCCCCCCAAAAAAAACACAAAAAAACAACAACAACAAAAAACGUGGUAAUGUUUUAAAGAGGUCACGGCACUAAAAAAAAGAGAGUUGAGAACCGCUCGGUAAGGAUUAUAUUAUUGAAGCUAAUAGCGUUUUGCAGCCUUCAACUUUGAUGCCUUCGUGAUCGCUACUGGUUCUAUACUCGAACUGUAUACACCCCCCAUUGUCUUAAGCACAUUGAAGAAAAUAAGAUGAUAACUCGGUUUUCUUUUAUAACACCCUGACUCGGACCCACCGGGUAUUUUCUCAAAAUACCCGGACUCUAUUUUCUCUAUUUUCUCAAAAUACCCGGACUCGGUGUUUCAAAACUGCACCAGGCUCAGCCCUACUAGAGACAGUCAUAGCCAAUCAGGAAUUUACGUUGGACGUUUAUAACCAACAAGAAAGAUUGCCCCAAAAAACACCAAAAACACCAAAAAAAAUUUGUUAAACAGUUUCAGCAGUGAAAAAAGUAAACUAAAAGAAAACAAAGACAAAGUAAACUUUUCACGCGCGCUAUUUUCUAACGAUUGCAUUUCAAUCUAUUUCAGUACUGAAACGCAUAGAAGAGGAGAAUUUAAAAGCUAGACUCCGCGCCAAACACGCUCAGGAUAAACUGUCCUUCGGUCAGUAUCAUUCUUCUCUGCUAGCCAUUUCUCUAUAGAGCAAUAUAUAACUGGAUCUCCGUCUCUCUCUCUCUCUCUCUCUCUCUAUGACUUAUCGAUAUUGGGACAGCUUUGGCCACAUCGUCAUGACUACCAUAGCAAGAAGUACAAUUAUUACACCAUUUGCGGUUGUUGCUGAUUUUUUUUAAUUGUUUUUUUUUAGAGCAGCAGGUUUUAUGUAUCAGGUGCACCGAUGCUUUUGCCUCAAUAGUCAAUAGUUAGUGUACAGCUAUAACACUAGAAUCUGAGCUUUUUCCUCAAUAGUCAAUAGUUAGUGUACAGCUAUAACACUAGAAUCUGAUUGAAUUUUAAUUUAAUUAAACAGCUCCUAAAAAAAAUUAAUAAUAUCCAGCUAUUAAAUGGGGUGGGGGUGUAACACUGAAAAUUUCCAAAACAUGCAUACAAGUAAGGCACUUUAUAAGAAUCCCAGUUGGUGUCCCCCCCCCCCCCCCCCCCCCACCCAAGUUUCGCAACUGAAAAAUUGUUCACGCCCUGGAACUAUAUUAAUAUUCUUAUGUCCCACCCGCUUCUUAUUACACCAACUGCUUCUGUCAAACAAAAUAGAAUAUGCACGCAGCAAACCCACUUGCAGUAUUUUUUUAAAGAAUCUCAUUUAGCGCAGUUAUCGGGAAUUUUACUUUUGCGAAAUGAGGGCCAUCAUAUUUUCUUCAUCUUCCCCCCUUUUUUAAAAAAAAGAAGGAAAAACUGAUUUUCUUGGAUGUUGGUGUCGGGGUGAACAUUAGAAUGGGUUGUCACCGGCAACGCGUCUAUGUGCCAGGUUUCAGCUCGAUAGUUUGACGGGAAGUGGGCCGACGAUAGCCGUCCGAAGAUUUUGCCAGGCAGCCACGGACAAAAGCAUAAGGAUUUAUUUUUUUUUUAAAGUUGUUGUUGGACAAAUUAAUAUCGCCCGGUGGUGUAGUGUAUGAGGGCUUUUCCGAUUUUAACAUUUUGAAAAAAAAAUGCAUUUCAAUAUGUCUGAAAGAAUUCGUUUCUACCACGGUAUUCAAACGCGGAUUUGAAGAGACUUUGCUACAUGUAAUAUUUAAUUACCUUUCCAUUUACUUCUUUUGAAAAGUAUACAUUUUAAAAAAAAAACUUUCUAGAUAUUAAUUAUCGUUGCAAUGUAAAUACGGUCAGGGGAUUUGGGGGUGUUUUUUUUUUUAAAUUCGUUCUUUGUUAUCAUUCCAUUUUUCAUUUUACACGUUAAUAAAUAUAUUUUUUUAGGAGAUCCUCACUGCUCGGAUCUUGAACAACGGUACAAGCGAUUUGAUCAACAUCUGAAGGAGGACAUGUCAUGUGAUUCAAUGUUUGACGCCAGCGAAACCGCAGAGGGGGUGGACAGCCCCAUCUAUGGGCGAUUAAGAAUUCCAAAGAAAACAAAUGAUGAAAGUGACGAUUCAGUGGACAUUGUCCAAUGGUUUAAUUAGACGUCCGCAGAUUUACCAGCCAGCCAGUCACCAACACAAAUGAACUUAAUAUAUAUGAUUAUUUUAAAAUUAAAAAAAACCCGCCAUGUAAUAAUAAUGUGUCAAAAUAAGCCAUAUAAAUCAGAAAAAAAUUGCAAAAGGGCAAUGUAAGAAAGCGCACCAUCUUGUUACUGAAGCCAUUUUAAAUUCAGUAAUACCAUGGCCCCGUGCGGCGAAUUCGUCACUCGUGUUGUUUUGACUAUCCGCACGCCUUGAAACAAAUGAAAUUUUGUGUCAUCAGAGAUUUCAAAAUGAUACAGCCGUGGAAUAUCCAAUCCCGUCAACGAUUUCGUCAGUUUUGUAUACAUAGUCCGGUCGUUAUUAAUAUGAAAAGUCUUCAAAAAAAAAUAUAUAAAAAAAUAAAGUCCCCCAAAAAUCGUUGCAUAUCUCUACGGGAACAGACAACC